AUGAGCAUUUUGAAUGCGCUCACACCAGUGGAAAAGCGCUUCUUGGAUGAGGCAUUAGGGCUGGCGGAAGCCAAGCUGGCCCUUGAGGAUGCCGAAGAGGUGCGAAGGCAUAGGAAGGAAAUUAAACAACAUGCGGACGAGGAGGAGGAGGAGCAAGAGGAGGAGGCUCCGCAGCAGUCGAUAUUACCGCUCGAGAAGAAUCAUAAUAAUAAGAAGAGCACGAGGCUUGGGCCCCGCGAUGCGGUAGAUCGGUUUUCACAGCAAUUGCAGCAGGAAAUUGCAUCGUGGGAAGAGGUGAAAAUUUCUCUCGAAUACCCGUUUGUGUACCGCUCGGAUAAAAACAAGGACCUUUGCCUCAAAAUGCUGCGGCGUAUUACACGGUUUGAGUCCCUUGUUGAGAGUGAUUUGGUGGUGAUUGCCGCGCACAUGGAAAUUUUGCGGGUGCGCGGGAAAAUGUUGCUUGCUGGAAGUCUUCCCAUUCAUCUUUGUCCCGCAUUUCUCCCCAGUAUGUCAACGGCGCCUGCCGUCCCUACACCACCAAAUGAGGUGGAUGACCUUCUUUCCAUAAUUGAAUUGCCCACUGGCGAUGCGGAAAGGAAACGAACCUGCGAACACGCGAUUGGCGAGACUCAUGUAAACAACCAUGUAUAUGUGCUUCUUUGCGGGAGGGUUGUCUUGCGUAUGCCCAUGUUAAAAACUUCCGUGGAGUCCUUUGUUGAGCCAUACGAGGUGUUUGCCCUGCCCGUGACUGUGAAUGCGCUGCCGGAGGGGUCUUGGUACGAAACAGACGGUGAGUGCAUGUUGCUGCGUCUGACGCGUGGCACGGACCUCGCUCUGGAUCGACUCAUUGGCGACCUUGAAAAACGGGUUAUUCAAGAACGAGUGUUGUUUCUGCGGCGUCAACUCCGCGUGAAGGUCUUCACUCACUGGACGGCGGAGGAUUACGAGGAGGCUGCACGAUUGCUUGUUCCACUACGCGCCUCUUGGCGACAGGUGGUGGUCACUCAAGGGAUGGAGUCGGACGCGAUGUACUUUAUCAAAGAGGGCCAAUGUGUUGUUGCACGCAACAUACCGCUACUCCAUCAACAACAGCAGGAACGAGGGCGAGAGCCAAGGAGUGUUUCGGCCUUUAAUCAACCUCACACUUCCCCGCAGUGGCAGCGAAUUCGAGAUUUGCAUUCUGGGAGAAACACGGCCAUGCCGUCUGUUCCUGUAGAUCCAACACUGUCGUCGGUGCGACUUCAGUCAUUACACACGAAGCUGGUGGAAAUUGUCACACUGCGUGAGGGAGAGUUCUUUGGUGAGCUUGGCUUGCUCAAUCAUAAUGUGGACUGGAAGCCCGACGUUGAGAGAAUCUGGUCUAAGAAAAAUUGGCAUGAUGUACUUCUUGGCGCCCUACAGGCACCAGUUAACUACGAUGCUCUAGAAGACACCGCGUCUUGGUGUUCUUCGCGUCGAGUUCUUGCGGAUGACCACAGUAUGCGGACCGGCAUCUCCACGCCAAAGCAGGCUGACACCGCAUUUCCUCCAGCAUCGCGACAGCGGCAAGCCACGGUGUACACGAAGUCUACUUGUGUUCUCUACAUGUUAACACAUGACCACUGCCGAAAUAUAUUUGAUGAGCGGGAGUACGCACAGCUGAAGGAGUUUGCUAAAGGAUACCCCUCAUGCGAGGACAUUGAAAGGCAAUACAAUAGGCACCGAAAGUGGGCGCAUUACCGCAAAGCGUUAGUGAACGACGUUUUGUUGGAGUCGACUAGUUUUGCACGACAACAAACAAAGUUACCACCUCUCCGUUUUCACUGA